AUGGAGAAGCCGCCAAAGGGGAAAGCUGGCAAAAAGCCGCCAGUGGUUAUCAUCGAUGACGUUGAUACUUCGGAGAUGACACGAGAUAAACUGGAGCAAUUUAUCUUGAAAGUGAAAGAGGAACUAGAGAAAGAGAGAAUCGAAAAAAAUUACUUCCAAAUUGAAAGAGAUAAAAUAAGAACGUUCUGGGAGAUCGCAAGACAGCAGUUAGAGGAAGUUAAAACAGAGUUAAGAAAUAGAGAUCGAGCUGGUGAAGAAGCACUGGAGGAAAAUGAAGCGUUUCUGGAAGUCGAAAAGCAAAAAAUCAAACACUUAAAAUACGAACAACAAGCAGCCGGAGCAGCUUUGCGAUCCGAAAAUUUAGUGACUCUGAAAGCUGCUAAAGAAGAUUAUACCUGUCAAGAAAUGGAAUUACUGUGUGACAAACGGAAUUUGAAACAAGAAAUGCGUGAGAAAAUAAUAGCAUCUCAAGAUGAGAUGCGAAGAGCUAAGCUUAUACACGCCGAACAAUUAUCAAAAGUUAGACAAGAGUUUGAAGAGAGGGUUCGACAAAUAGAAGACAAAGCUGAAAAAAAGCUUACUGAAACCAAAUUGGAAUUGUCUGAUAAACAAAAAUCAGAAAUUGAAAAUACCGAAUAUCGAAAAAGUAAACAGUUGUCUGAAUUGAUAACUUCUCAUGAAAAAGCUUUUCUCGAUUUAAAAAACUAUUACAAUGAUAUAACUUUAAAUAAUCUAGGUUUAAUAAGCGGUCUUAAAGUACAAUUAGAGGAACUGCAGAAAACAAAAGAACGAGCCGAAAAAAUUGCAAAAGACGCAACGAACAACACAAAGAGUCUCGUGGAACCCCUAGAAACAUCCCUGAAAGAAAAUGCGGAGUUGACAGAAAAGUUAUCUAAUUACGCUCGAGACAAAGCCUUAUUAGCAAUCAAAACAAAAGAGCUCGCAUCGCUUGAACAACAAUUUGAAGUUCUGAAGUGGGAGGCCGAAGUUUUACAAGUGCGGUUUGACAGAAUACAAGGAGAAAGAGAUCAGUUGAAAUGCAGAUAUUCGAAAGCUGUACAAGAAGUGCAGCAAAAAGCUGCGCUGAAAACCGCACUUUUACAAUUCAAAGCCAAAGAUUUGAAAUGUAAUGAUAUGCAUCCUCACGAGAUAGCUGAACUUAUUAGGCUUAGAGAGACUCAAAUGGAAGACAUUCGUUACGAAAUAGCAAGGUUACGUAAAGCACACGACGACCUUGUAGCGACUUACGAAACUAAGCUUGCCAAGAUAGGAGUACCAGUUCAGGAGCUUGGUUUCAAACCUCUGCGUGCUGUUGCUGUAGCUGGUUUGAGUGAAGUAUUUGGCGAAAGUUCCAGCGAUCAGUUAAAACACGCCUAGUUAGGCCUGCCUAUGAGACCGCCGUUUGCAUGGCAAAUGGCGCGUCAUGCUACGAGUUUGCUAUGAAAGGAAAGCUGAACGGAUUUCGAAUGGGGAACGUAAACUGCAUGGACAGUGAAUUGUUUUUGUGAGGUCAUAGUACAAAUUUGACAAGGAAACCCAACUUACAGGCUUAAAUAGGAUUGUAC